ACCAACGCCAAAGAAACGCCCCCGUCGUGUGUUGGGUUGUGGUGUGUACUAUUGACGGUGCGUGUUGCCGUGUCUGGUUCUCUUAUAUAUUUAAUUGAAUCGUUGAUUUCACUCUUUGGAUAAAUUUAAUUUCCUUCACCGCAUUGGCGAGUUAGUCGUUUUGCCGACAGUUUUGAUAUAAAGGAUCUAUGACAGGUAGACUGACAAGCAUGCUAUGACGUCUCCUGUGAUGGAAUACAUUAAGGUGGAGGGGAGCCUUAUCUUACCUGCAAAAGUUGAUGGCCCACCUGACGUCUUCCAGUGCCCUUAUUUCACCUUAGUCAAACCCAGCUGGGUCCCCGAUGAAAGCUCCAGCUACUGUGAGCUCUGCUCCACCAGAUUUACGCAACUCAAACGACGUCAUCACUGCCGCAUGUGCGGUGCCGUGCGGUGCGCAAAGUGCUGCAACGAGAAGGUCCCCCUGCCCCAGCUGGGCAUCGAAGAGGCGGAGAGGGUGUGUGAGUCAUGUAAGACUGUCACGGAGCUGGUCACAAAGUCAAGGUCAUCCAUUAAGGCCUAUUUGACGGACUCGGCCAAGGGUUUAGCGGCCUUCUCCAGACACGACAAGCAUAUCAAAAAGUUGAUUGAACUUGGUGGGAUGCAGGCGUUGAUAGUACUGGCAUCAACAGACAACAUUACUGUGCUGGGUCACGUGGCGUCAGGCAUCCAAUCGCUGUCCACUCACACGUCACUUCACAAACACUUGGCCGAGGCUGGAGCUAUCAAGGCCAUCUGCAAAAUCUUGAGCACAGUGGGGGAUAAGAACCAACAAAUUGCUGUAGACUGUAUCAACGCUCUCAGGAUAUUCUGUAACACACCUAACUUAAAGACUAAAGCCCUGGACGACGGGGGCCUCCAGCCGGUGUUGAACCUGUGCUGGUCGAGGGACGACACGGUGGCGCUGCUGUCCAUCAGCACACUCAGCCUGAUCGCCGAGCACCUGGGCACACACGCCGCCAUCGUCGACAGCAAGCACAACGCCGUUUCACGUCUGCUGCAGCUGACCGCAUCAGCAGACGAGCAGAUGCAGGAGGUGGCGCUAAAAACGUUGGCCAUUUUAUCGACAGGCACACACCAACACAGGCUCAGGCUGAUUCGGGAGGACGCCAGCUCCGACAGGAGGUUGUCUAAGCUGCUGGACAGCAACCCCAACAACCCACAGAUCCUGUGUAACGCCGCCUGCCUUGUGGCCAAUCUGGCAAUAGCAUCAGAGGAACAGGGCUACCUCCAGGAGCUGUUGUACAGCUGCUGCAAGAGGCUGUCCACUGCUGACCACAACACAGAGCUGUUGUGUCACCUGACCCGCGCACUGGCCAACUUUGCUGUUUACAAGUCAAAUACAAAUCAUUUAAUCCAAGCAGUUCCAGAGAUCGUCCAACUUUGCCUCAAGUCGUCAACAGCACCUGUACAGGUACAGAGCAUGCGCCUCUUGUUGAUCCUCCUGGGACACGCCCCUUCACGGAUGGCCUCACUACUCACAAGUGAGGGCGGCCACACGUUCCUGACCAACCUGGGAGAACUUCCUGGGUUUCUGGACACUGUCCAGAACUCUUUGACCACCGAAGCCCCGGGGAUAGCCAGACCUCUCUAGUCCCGACCCUCACCAGCUGCGGCCAGACAACUGCCCUGUCACGUGACUACCGUCAACCCCCGGGCGUCUGGUGUACAACUUGUUGGCGUUAGGAUCGGACUUACGCUCUGAUGUCGGUCAAUCCAUGACUUUUAAGUCAACCCAUGACUUUUAAGUCAAAACAUGACUUUUAAGUUAAACUAUGACUUUUAAGUUAAACUAUGACUUUUGGGACAAACCAUGACUUUUAAGUCAACCCAUGACUUUUAAGUCAACCCAUGACUUUUAAGUCAACCCAUGACUUUUAAGUCAACCCAUGACUUUUAAGUUAAACCAUGACUUUUAGGUCAAUCCAUGACUUUAAGAGCCCAUAUGUCUUUCGUUGGAACAACCACUUAUAAUAUUGUCUAUGUCUGUGUGAGUAUGUGAGUGUUUCUGUGUUGGUGUCCGUGUAUGGUAACUAAGUGAUGUUGUGUUUGUGUAGAUGUGUCAGUGUGUUUGUGUAGAUGUGUCAGUGUGUUUGUGUAGAUGUGUCAGUGUGUUUGUGUAGAUGUGUCAGUGUGUUUGUGUAGAUGUGUCAGUGUGUUUGUGUAGAUGUGUCAGUGUGUUCUGUUUUGGCCAGUUGUUCUUGAUAUUUCUUGAUAUUUUUUUACAAUUGUUUUCAAGCAAAAAUUUGAAUAAAUAAAAAGUAUGACCUGUACAAGAAUUGUGUACCAAAUAAAUGUAAAAAAGCUACUGAUGCUACUGUACAUGUACACUUAAGAUGUACAUCAUUGAUGAGUACCAUUGUUGUUACUCAUCAUUCGCCAGCCAUAACAAAAACCAGUUGGAUAUUAAUCCGAUGUUUGAACCGAGUUAGAAUACAUUGCUAAGAAGGUAUAUUAAUCCGAUGUUUGAACCGAGUCAGAAUAC